CUUGUUUUUUUUUUGGACUGCUUUGAUUUCUCGCCCAGCAGCAGCACUCUGUGCAUGUGACUCAAAGUGUGGUAGCAGCGAAGCCGACAGUUUCUUUGCCAGUACAGCCUUCAACUAACUUUCCGAAGCCUGUUAUAUCUUGCGCUAGCUAUUGUGCGUUGGAGUCUCAUUUGCUGUUGAAAAUAGCAUCAGAAAUUGUUUUCAGCCUCUUCAUAGUAGUGAUUAUGGUUGGGGAACCAGCCUCUGCCACGUACUUUCCUGCAAUCAAGAACAACGUAUAGCUGCACAGCUGGAUGUUUUGCAAUCAGUUGCCGGUGUACAGUCAUGUUUUCAGGCCUGCCUAUCCAGCGUGAGUGAAUUUGAAUGUAGCAGAAGCAGCGGAGCAGCGUCACAGAGGACUGCAUGUCCGAUACUAGCAGGAGAAAGAAUUGGUCUGCAGGGAUGGUUCGUUUGUUUCGUGCGCAACAGUUCAAAGGCCAGGCUGUCUUCUCCAGCGAUGGAGAGCCAGUGGCCCUGGCGUGCAGCGAUGAGUGGUUGUUCAUAGCCACUGCUCGCUGUCAGAUAGAAGUCCAUCCAUUACUAUCAGGCCUGGAGGAUGAUCUGGACGGUGGUGAUAGCAGUACUGACUGCAGCACAGUGUCGUACAAGUUUCAAACUGUGUCACCAGUCAUCUCCAUGGCGCACAAUACUCGUGUAGACUGCAUUGCUACACUCGAGAAACACCGGCAAAAGCGCAAGAACGUGACCGCCGCCAGAGUCUAUUUCAAUUGGAAGCACGGGAACUUGAAGCAGGCAGCGCGCAUACUGCUGGCCGGUGGACCCGAAGGUAUACCUGUAAGCCCGUCGUCAUACGGUGACCUUGGCAUGUCGGGCCAGGCGGCUCGUUUGUCGGUGGUGGAGCUGCCGUGCCCUGGUCAUGCGUCGUGUAUCAGCUGCUGUCCUCGCACUGGUAGCAUGGCUGUCGGCGGUGGCACUAAAGUGCGUGUGUUUGUGCUGGGCCUGCGUGGCUUAUCGUCCAGCCAGUCGUAUUCCGUUGAGCACCUGCUGGACGUGGACGUAGGGUGCACGGUGACCAGCGUGGCUCUGUGCGAGAACUACCUUGCCGUGAUGUCGGCGCGUGACGUGCGCGUCAUGUACAUCGACGUGGCAACGGCCCUGGCCGUCACGCUGAUACCGCCGGCGCUGAGUCAGCAGGCGCGGGCUAGAGGCGCUGAUGCCGAUACAGCCAUGCAGGUGUGGAGGAGUGCCGCUGCCAUGGUGGACACCGACAACGUGAUUGAGCUGACGGCGACCAGGAGCGAGACGGGUAAACGCGACGAGACCGAGAGAGCGCGUGAAGUUCUAGGACCAGUGCGAACCGUAUGGGGGAGACCCGUUGAAGUGGAAAUGGCUGCUUCGUUCUCGUCUUCGGAUUCGUCAAGCACUGCUGGAGAUAGUGCAGCUCGUAUCCGCAAGGGAGGCAUCACAACACUCCUAUACCGACAGUUCAGUGCCGACGAAGUGCGAGAUGGUCUCCACUCAUUACAACUGCUUCCUGUCUAUGACGAACGUCGUGUGGCAGUAGAUUCUAUAUCAGGUGGUCGCAUGACGGAUCCUCGACUGGCUGGUAGUAUUGGUGAUGCUGAGGAUGAUGACGAGGAUGUGGUUGAUGACAAUCGCUGGCUGGCGGGCAUGUAUUGUUUCUUCUCCACACCACGUCAGGGUUAUCAGUACUCCGUAUUGCUGUGCUCGCCCACAGCUCUAGUUACCACCUACCCGUAUGUCAGCGAAACCAAGGCUGUGUCCAUCAGCGGUCCAUUGUUACAGGCGAUCACCACCACAGGAUUGGAGACGUACUCUCUGCGAACAUUCACCGAUGCGGCGGCCCGUGCGUUUCCCUGCAGCGGCUAUCCGUAUGGGAAUAGGCGCGAGAGCACCGUGUCAAACUCGCGCAAGCGUAGCCGAGCACAGAGAGAGGUUGAGAGAGCCAAGCGCAUUCCCAAGCUGGCAGAGUUUUGUCCUGCGCACGGUGACAUCUGCGUUCUGGGCAUGAACCCGUUCUAUUCACUGUGUCACGUGGAGGCACGGGAUAGUUGCCUGGUGCUCCUCUCCAAGGCUGAGGGAGAUCCAGAGAAAGCUCGCGAGACAGCCAAGGACCAUGCUUUCACGAGAAGCAUUUCUCUAUUCCUGCCCGGUCGUCGGGAUACACCCGAGGCCGAUUGUGGGAGCUGGAGUGUCUACGUCCUGCAUUAUGUGCCUGUCUCAGAGCUUUACAGCAACCUGUCUUUGCUGGCUGAGAAGCACAAGUUCAUGAGUGCGCCGGUGUACGGUGAGCUCCUUUCUGAAGCCGGUGUCAUCCUCAGAUCUCGACUCCUCAGCCUAUCCUUGCAGUUGCCUCCCAGACCUCUGGACCUGGCCAUGGAACUCCAAGCUCUGAGCGGUGUUGUUGACGAUCCGGUCAUCAAAGCGAAGGAAAAAGAACGCACGGAUCUGUGUGCCUUGUUGUUCGAGUGUAACGGUCUACUUGGAGACCUGUGCUGUCGACCUGAUUUUGCUCAUCCAGAGUGGGCACCGUACUAUUACCGCAUGGCUGCUCUGUCCAUAGCUGAGAUUGUGAGCCAUGCUGUCAAACAAGCAGCAGAACUUGAGAUGGAGGGACGGCACAAGUCCUGCUUUGGUCUUGGUACAGUGCUAAGUUUGGAGAAGUGGAUGUCGGCUGCUACACCACGCUACAUGGCAGAGCUACCAGAGUCGGUGGCGAAUGACAUAUUCCGUAUCUACAGUGCAGUACACCCGGACCAGUUGUCCUUUCUUGUUCUGGAAUCCGGACUGGCUUCUUAUUCUAACGAGAUCGCUGUCCAAUGCAUCUACGACUAUGUCAAGUCCAGCUCACAAAAAAGGCUGUCAGCCAAGGAUGCAUUUGCUCUGUGCGUGCUGCAUCUUCGUCUUGCUGAAGUCGAGGAGGCACGCACCGUACUCAAGAAUGUCAAGCAGCAUGAACUGCUACAAGUCUGUUUUGAGCGUCAGAGCUGUAUGCUGGAGGGUGACCAGUUGUCACACAUUGCACAGUUGCUACGGCAGCACACACCGGAUAUUCUGCUGGAUGUGCUGGUCGGUGUGCACGCUAGUGGGACCAUGUCAACAGCUACUAUUCUCAGUACACUCGGGAUGGAUGGCAGUGGCUCCAACUUGGCUGGCAACAAGCAUGCUCGUUACUUUCUCGAGGCAGUGCUCUCAGAUGAUGCUCAAACCCACAGUUAUGAAGUCGCUGCAGGUCUAGCAUGUAAAAUCUACCUGGAGCGUUUUCAGCACUGUCUCAGUAUGAAGCAGGUCACAGGCAAUGCUCAGGCACCCAGCGGUGGACAUUUCGCUCGUCGCUAUGAGUGGCUGAACAUGCUGCCUCCGUUUACCUGUGGUACACAGGUCACAUGUUCGCUCAGCUAUCAUGUAGCCAGUAGCAGUACGUCGGCAGCAGGUUCAUCACCUGUGCUACGCUUGACACGUUCGUCAAGUCCACUAGCUCAACUCUUACUCAAAUCACGCAAUGCUACAGCGGCGGUAGCUGCAGCAACUGGUGACAGGGUGGCAAGUGUACAGCAUCCUCGUGAAUGUACAUGUGCCUUCAUUGACCUUGUAUCUAUACAGAGCUUGUUAUGCUGGCGAGCUGUUAGCAGGCAGCUAGCGUCUAGUCUCUUGCAGCAGUUGCAAGCUCAGGAUGCACCGGCACCACCGAUGGCCAGCUCGACGUCAUCGUCUCCGGGACGGUCCGGUUCGCCGUCGUUCUUAUCUUGGUCGGACAACGCGGUGAUGGAGGCGGCUUGGCUGUCUCUGCAGGCCGUGUGUUGCCUGCGCCUUGACCGGCAUGUUGUGGCUGCACAGCUGUUGCUCAAAUCCUACCCGCACGUUUCCCUGGCACUGGCCAAGGCGCACUUUGGUGCAGACUCCGGCAAGUGGAGGUCGCUAAUGCAAAAGCUACUUGCCCUCUGCAAUCAGCAUGACCAGCAGCAGCAGCAGCAACAACAGCCAGCGGAUGGACAGGCAGUAGUGUCUGUGCCGAGUAAGCCUGUUGCUGCAGCAGGUUGUUCAGGCACAGCGGAUGUUGCUGCUAAAUACAGACAGGUGUACCUUGAUGCCUUGUCGUAUGUUGCAGAAUUGCUGGAGCCCAGUCACUUCCUGGCUCUGUUGCCGCCGAACGGAUCGGCUCGCGUCUAUUUGCCCUACAUGGAGGUGUGUUUCAGACGCUUUGCUGCCACCAAGAUCACCGACAAGCUGUCUCAGCCAUUGCAGCAGCUACACUGAACAGUUCCGCUUGACCGAGUCCGCAUUUCUGUACCGUGUUCUAGCAGCUAUGGUUCUUGACUGCGUAGUGCAGUACCGAGGGUAGAACACACACCACUCAAGGUCAGAGCGCUAUUCUUGUUUCCAUAUCUAUUUCUUGGUUUCAUUGCUAGUAUUAUAGCAGCGGCAGUCUCGAGAAUAGCCUCUUCCAAAGCCUGUAAAUAAUACAUAUUACUAUUUCUGAAUUACUCCUUACCAUAUUUGAACAUAGUUAUCCCAUUGUUUUCAGAUUUUCUUUUCUAUUUCAUCAAAUGUCGAACUUGAAGUAUCUUACCUGGCAUGCGGGCAUGCCAGCUUUAACACAAACUAGCCACUUUACAUAAUAUAAGACUAUCAAAAUUGUCAAAACUUCUGCCCCUUUUUUUAAUGCACAUUACACAAAAUUAGGAAUAUCUUCGUUUUAUGUAACACAUCCUUAAUAGUUUGUAGUAAAACAUACGUAGUUACUCACUGUCAAGUUUCAACAUGACUGUAUCUGCCUUCUGAAGUCUCUCGCACACCUGAUUUUCUUAUGCACGGUGUUUCUGUGGUGGUCGGGAUGAAACAGCAGGAC